UUCGAGGUGUUUUCAAAUUCGAAUACCUUUCGUUCGGACUGUUUUGUUUUCGAACAUCUUUCAUUCGAAUCAAACCAAACGUCAAACCCACUUUGUUUAUGAAGGAGUGAAUAAUUUCCGCAGCGGAUGAGCGGUGAACUGCAAAAAUGGAAAAAAACAAAAACAAAACAACCACUAAAAAUCAGUUCGAGCGGAUUGUGCUGCUUCUGGAGCAAGAACCGGACAUAGCAAAGGGUUUCUCCCGAGGAAAUUCCGGACCCUACUGGGAUGAUCUGGCGGCAGAAGUCAAUAGUUUGGGACCGCCUAUUCGCGAUGGAAGUGGAUGGAAAAAGGUUUGGGCGGACUAUAAGUCCGGAUUAAAGCGAAAACUCGCUCACAACAAACGGGAGCAGAGGGCGACAGGUGGAGGACCCAAUAAAAUUAUCAAUUUGUCCGAGCUGGAGGAGCAGGCAGUUCUACUAACUGGGUUACUUGCGACCGUGGAAGGAAUCCCGGGUACCUCAUCUCAUGGAACACAGUUGGGUUCGCCUUCGGGUGAACCUCAAGCUGCAGACCAGGAAAAUUUUAUAUAUUAUGGUACUUCCGACGAGUGUGACGGUAUCAAUAAUACCAUUCACUUCCAGCCCUCUCAGCCGAAAAAAUCCAGACCUUCUACCACGAGGCUAUUAGAGCUGCAAGUCGAGCAACAAAACAAAUUUCACACCAAUGUGAAAUCCCUGUUAAAAAACACAAACAAGAAUUUGAGUGAUCUGGUUCAUUAUCAGCGCCAAUCAGCUCGAGCGAUUCUUUCCGUGGAUGCCACACUCAAAGAACAUCUGAGUGAACAAAAACGACAUAACCACGAGAUGGAGAAGAUCGCGCUGGAGAAAUCAAUAGCGACAAAUCCUUGAAACGCAGAUUGCGUAUAUUUCAGAACAUUAGAAUAAUGUUUCAAAAUAUCAGUGAUCUGAUUUUUUAUCUUUAUAUUGUAACUCAAGUAUAAAAAAAUGAAAAAAAGUUCUAAUCGUAUUUUUAUAUCUUUCCAUGGAAGAAAAAUCUUACUUAAUUUUUUCUUUGAAGUUUGUUUGGAAUAGCAUCAAAAUUAUAUAAACUUUUUUAAAAUUCACGAAUUUCGCCUAUAGUUUAUGGAACUUCCUUAACCCCUUCACGUACAACAUUGAACUUCACUCGUUGUUUCUCGAUGUGAAAUAAUUACAUAGCUUCAGGCAUAUGAUGAGGAUACCGACAACUGAAGAUUAUAAAAUUUCCGUUAUUUAAAAAAAAAUUGAAUGAGCUAAAAAUAUAAAAUAUAAUUUGAAUAUUAUAAUUAAAAUAAAAACGAACGAGUUAGUACGUAGUAAUAACUCCUUCGUUUUUAUUUUAAACACAACAUGUAUUUGCUCAUCAUAGGGCACCCAUGUUAGAUACCCACACUCAGCAGAGUAGCGGAACGACUCGAAGUGCUCGUUUUGGGCCGUGCUGUUGGAAAUUAAAUCGUACAGCAAGGGGUUAAAACAACGCAAAAAGUAUUAAUAAUGGUUAUUUGAAUACUUGGCCUGCUUACGAGAAAUCGAUAAUGACAUGUUCUCAAAGUGUUGGCAGGAAUAAGAGUAAAUAAUUCUGCCGAAACCAUAGUUAAGUAAGGAAGACACUUCCUUUUCCGGUGGUUGUUAUUUAUUUGAGCAUUUGCAAACAAGUUAGAUGAAAUUUAACAGUCAUAAAUAUUAAUUUAAACAAAAGUUUAUUAUGUAAACAGCUGCAUAACAUAUUAUAACUACUGAGAACGACCAAAUUCUAAGCAUAUAUUGUGAAGUGCACAGCAUACAUUUAUAAUUUGAGCGCAUUUAGUAGGAUUGUAGUGAAGUUGUCUCGCGCCAAGGAUGCAUCUAAACCGAUUUUUUAGUAAACCGAUUGUCCGCUCGACGAUAGCACGACCCAAGGCAUGCCUGCGAUUAAAAUCGCUCUCCAAAC